AUGGGUUGGUGGGCGAUAAUCGCGGCCGUGUUGGCCGUGCUAGCGGUAAUUUACUACCGAGCCAUUCGUAACCUCGACUUCUUCGAGAAACGUGGAAUUCCAUACGCCAAACCAAUGGUGUUUUUAGGAAGUAUGUGGGAGGUGUUCCUCCAACGAUUCUCGUUCGCCGAGGCCGUAGAAAAAAUAUACAAUUUGUAUCCCGAGUCAAAGUACGUCGGUUUGUUCGAGUUCGAAAUGCCCUUGCUCAUGAUUCGAGACCUCGAAUUGAUCAAGUCCAUCACCGUGAAGAAUUUCGACCACUUUCCAAACCAUAGAAUGGCUUUCGAUCCAGACCAGGAGCCGCUCUUCUCGAAGAACAUAUUUUCCCUGUGCGACGAAAGAUGGAGGGAAGUACGGAACAUGUUGACACCGGCCUUCACGUCCAGCAAGAUGAAGUCCAUGUUCGUGUUGAUGCGCGACUGUGCCGAACAGUACGGCGAUUAUUUCGCUUCCUUGCCCGCCGAUCAGUCGGCCUUGGAGUUGAAAGACGCGUUCACCAAGUACACCAACGACGUGAUCGCCACUUGCGCGUUCGGCAUUGACGUCAACUCGAUGAAGAAUCCGAAGAACACGUUCUACGUGUACGGCAGGGAGGCAACCAGCUUUGGAAGAUCGCAAUCCCUCAGGUUUUUCGCGGCGAGAAAGUUUCCGUGGUUAUGCCGAUUGCUCGGUAUCAAGGUAUUCAAGCAGAAGAUCGUCGACUUCUUCAAGGAGUUGGUAGCCAGCACGAUAAAGACCCGGGACGAGAACGGCAUUGUUCGUCCGGACAUGAUUCAACUGAUGAUGGAGUCGAGAGGGAAAUUAGGUCCAGGCAAAGAGUUGACCAUCGAAGACAUGACCGCCCAGGCGUUCAUCUUCUUCUUCGGUGGAUUCGAAAGCACUUCCACUCUCAUGUGCUUCGCCGCUUACGAGAUCGGCAUCAACGACCAGGUACAGAAAAGAUUGCAAGACGAGAUCGACCAGGUUCUGGCGGAUUGCAACGGCCAGGUCACGUACGAGGCCAUCAACGGCAUGAAGUACCUGGAGGCUGUCAUCCUCGAGAGUCUUCGAAUGUACCCGGCGGCAGUCGGUAGCGACAGAGUCUGCGUGAAACCGUUCGAACUGCCUCCACGUGUGCCAGGAGCGAAACCGUACGUCGUGCAACGAGACGAUUGCGUGUGGAUACCGAUCUACGGCAUUCAGCACGACCCGCAAUAUUACCCGGAGCCAAAGAAGUUCAAUCCCGACAGAUUCUACGACGAUCCGAAACAGAUGGUCAACUCUCCGUCGUUCCUCUCGUUUGGAGUGGGCCCGAGGAUGUGCAUCGGCAACAGGUUCGCCCUAUUAGAAACGAAAGUGUUGCUCUUCUACAUUUUCGCCAAGUGCGACCUCGCACCGUGCGCCAAAUCCUCCGUACCGUUGAAACUGGACAGGAAAGGAUUCGCCAUGACGUCGGAGAACGGCUUCUGGCUGAAAAUCCAGCCGAGAAGCGCAAGGAAAAUUGUUAAUUCUCACUUCGAACGAUAUCAAAGAUUGUCACCUUUCGACUUAUUUGCAGAAGGAAAUAACCGUGGAAUUUUUGGUGAACUGGAGAAUACUUUCAUAUUUAAAUAA